GCCCUAUAAUGGAGUUUCCCGAGGAUCUUAGCCUUGAAGAUGGCAUACCGACGGUUCUUGUCCUCAUCAUAAUUGCUCUAGUCUCAAUCUAUGCGUUCACGAGAUUGUUUACCGACCCUGAAGGACCUGUCGACUUUGAUGUUCCCGAACCGGAACAACUCCGUCAGGACUGGAAAGGAGAUGUUCUUGACCAGCCAUCGAUCAAAGUUCCUGGGUCGUCUGUGAUCCAAUGCUACAAUCCUGCCACUGGUGAACGUCUGGGACUUGUGAAUCCUGUCACCCAAAACGGGAUAGACAGAGCAAUCUCGCUAGCGAGCGAAGCUCAGAAAGGAUGGGCCGGAUCCUCUUUUACGCAGAGACGGCGCGUCCUCAAGACGAUGCUGAAGUUCAUCCUCGACAAUCAAGAGUCAAUCGCUCGCGCCGCAUGUCUGGACUCGGGCAAGACAAGGGUAGAUGCUAGCUUCGGCGAGAUUUUAGUGACUGUCGAGAAGCUGAAAUGGACCAUCGAUCAUGGGGAAAAGGCCCUCCGUCCUGAGAAGCGUCCAACGAAUUUGCUGAUGAUGUACAAGUACAACGAGGUACGCUGGGAGCCUCUUGGCGUCGUAGCCGCCAUCGUGAGCUGGAACUAUCCCUUCCACAAUCUAUUCGGACCAAUCAUCUCUGGAAUUUUCUCCGGAAAUGCAGUCGUUGUGAAAGGUUCCGAACAGACUGCUUGGUCCGCACAGUACUUUGCGUCAAUUGCACGUGGGGCGCUGAAGGCAUGUGGACACGAACCCAACUUGGUCCAGUCCAUCGUCUGCUGGCCAUCUGUUGCCCCUUACCUCAACCAGCACCCGGGUAUAUCCCAUCUUACGUUUAUUGGCUCAAGGGAGGUGGCGUUGAAGGUUGCCGCAUCUGCAGCUAAGUCGCUUACACAGACUUGCAUGGAACUAGGUGGGAAAGAUGCGAGCAUUCUGCUUGACGACGUCAAAGAUAUCGACCGCGUUGUUUCUACCCUCAUCCGCGGAACAUUUCAAGCCGCCGGUCAGAACUGCAUCGGGAUCGAAAGAAUCAUCUGUCUACCCAAGAUCUACGAGAUAAUCGUUCCUCGACUAACGUCGAUCAUUGAACAGCUACGACCAGGUUCAGCGCUGAACCUGACUUCGGCAAAGGAUGUUGUCGAUGUGGGCGCCUCGAUCUCGUCCGCGAAUUUCGACCGCUUGGAACAGCUCAUCACGGAUGCGAUCAGACAAGGAGCCAAACUUCUCGUCGGUGGGCAACGCUAUAUCCAUCCUGACUUUCCCAGAGGCCAUUACUUUGCUCCCACUUUACUCGUCGAUGUAACUCCAUCUAUGGCAAUUGCAAGGGAAGAACUAUUUGCCCCAAUUUGCGUCGUUAUGCGAGCGGCCACAAUAUCCGAGGCUGUCAGCAUUGCAAACGGCACCUCAUACGGUCUCGGCGGCUCGGUAUUUGGCUCAGACAGCAAGGAUUUGGAGCGGGUGACCCGCCAACUGAAGUGUGGCAUGGUUGCGGUCAAUGACUUCGCAGCAUACUACGCGGUGCAGCUGCCAUUUGGCGGUGUUAAGGGCAGCGGCUAUGGCCGCUUUGCUGGCGAGGAAGGGCUGAGGAAUCUAUGUGCGCAAAAGUCGGUUUGCAGGGACCGAUUUCCGUGGUUGAUGAAGACAUCCAUCCCGCCGCCGCUGAGGCUGCCUCUGAAAAACGAAGCACGGGCUUGGGAGUUUUGUAAAGGCAUUGUCGAAUUCGGCUACGGGGAGACGCUUCGCAGGAAGCUUCGCGGCAUUCGAAGACUCGCGGGCAUUUGAUCCGCUACAGUCCUUUCAUAACAAGUCAUGCUCAGAAGCAGCGCUUUUUGUUGUAGAUCAACGUAAGUUUGUUUUAUGCAUAUUUACAGUCGAUAACCCUAAUCUACUGCACCCUACUGCUGA